AUGAAGAUAAGAACUCUUCCCAUAUUGCCCCUUGGUGAGGUGUGUUUUUCAUCGCAGGGACUGUUGACAUUCAGAGAUGUGGCCAUAGAAUUCUCUCAGGAGGAGUGGGAUUGUCUGGACCCUGCUCAGAAGGCUUUGUACAAAGAUGUGAUGUUGGAGAACUACAGAAACCUGGUCUCCCUGGGAAUCUCAAUUCCUGAGCUGAAUCUAAUUUCCAUUUUGGAGCAAGGGGCAGAGCCCUGGACUGUGGAGAUCAAGGUGAAAAUAGCAAAAAACCUGGGUAGGUGGGAAUGUAUCAAGAGUUGAACACAGAUAAAAGCUCAGAUGAGCUGACAGGAAGUCACACCAUUAAAUAUGUUUGGGAACUCUUCCCCAA